AUGGUAUCGCACACGGCGUAUCUCCAACCGAUCAGUACUGUCCUCAUUACUCAUUAUGUCAAAAGUAAGCUCCUCUACACGGCAUCUGUCAUUGAGCUAACCCGUCAGUUUUCUCUUCAAGGUCGAACUGCGCUAGUGACGGGAGGUGCCCGCGGCUGUGGGCUCGCCUUUGCUCGCGGUCUGGCAGAGGCAGGGGCCAAUGUAGCUAUUUUUGAUAUCAUCGACCCGGACGCUGCAUUCCAAGAUAUCGAGAAAGACUGCAGCGUCCGCACGGCUUAUUACAAAGUCGAUGUUUCCUCGCAGCAAUCUCUGGAAAGUGGCUUCGCGGAAUUCCAAAAAGACUUCGACAAUGCACUGGAUAUUUGUGUCCCUUGCGCCGGGAUCAACCGCCAUAUCCCGUUCCUAGAAUUCACGUACAAGGAUCAUCACGAUCUGGUCUCGAUUAACGUACUGGGGCUGUACUUUACGGCCCAGCUUGCUGCCCAGCAGAUGAUCGCCAAUGGCACCAAGCAUGGGAGCAUUGUACUGGUCGCUAGUAUGGCGAGUCAUAUUGCCGUGCGCAGCCAACUGUGCAGUGCCUACUGCGGAACAAAGGGUGCGGUCCGAUCUAUGUGCCCGGCGAUUGCGAAGGAACUGGCGGAAUACGGCAUUCGAGUCAAUUCUGUCUCUCCGGGAUAUGUGCGAACGGAGAUGACCGCGGCUGUAGGUUCCCCCAACUCUCUUCUCGAACCGUGGGCUAAUGGACAGUUCCCCCAUCUUAUCCCCAGUUGGGAAGCAGAGGCAAUGAAUGGGCGCAUUGCGGAGCCGGAGGAUAUAAUGGGGGCAUGUGUGUUCCUCGCCAGUGAUGCCAGUGCGUACAUGACGGGGCAGGACAUCAUUGUGGAUGGGGGCGUCACCCGGUGGUAG